AUGCCUUACCAGGACUUCCUCAGAGAUGGACCCCUAUACAAGUCGAGCGAGCAUGCUCCACCAAGGCCAAGGAAGCCACACCACUUUGAAGAUGAAGAAGAGGAGAAGAGGAGCCACAAGCUCGAUCGAGCUAAGUUUGGGGGUGCCAACUCGAGCUCGAUCGAGUUGGGUGUAAAAACCAGAAAAGUGGUCUUUUGGAGCAUUCUGGAGCAUAUGGGACAUGAGGAGCAUGGAGGGACUUGGCAUGGACGCAGCUCAACUGGACACGCAAAGGAAGAAGGGAGAAGCCAUCUUGAAGACCAGCUCGACCGUCUACUCGACCAACCGGUCGAGUUCCUCAACUCGACCGGCCAAGCUUCAACUCGAUCGAGCUGGAAGUCAAAGUCAAACCCGAAAAAUGUUGCUUCCCCCUUGACUUUCCUUUGA